GUGAGGAGGCAGCGGAGAGACGACUUAGUUUUUUCUUGGAAUACAUUUCCCCCUCCAUCUCUGAAGCCCACACACACCCUCAAAAAUAUAAACUGGCAAACUUCUGUGUGUGAGUGCUGCUGUUACCUUCUUAGAAGGAGUGGUGAAUUAUUUGAAGGAUCUGGACUUACUCAAGCCUGACACACUUGGACUGUGAGGGUGUUUGGAUUCAGCAUCUUUGUGACUUGGACUCGAAUUAGAUUCAAAUUGUGUUUUUAACAGUGCAACACUUAGGGCUGAGUUUGUAUCCCGUGUGUACGUGAAUAUGUGUUUAGGUGCAACUUUUGAAUCACCACUGCCCCGAAUGCAACACUGAGAUUUUGACUGUAACUGCCCGUGCACUUGUUAGCCCGAAGUUGUAGGAUUGGACUCACAGUUGGACUGUUUGUGUGUGUGUGAGGAGAAAGGAUGUGUUGGCCAGUGGCGGCGGUUCUGCUCGCCCACCUCGGGUCCACCUUAACGGAGGCAUGGAGAGCAUCUCAGCCAAGGCUGCAGUUCACACACUCUGAGCUGAUCCAGAAUGGCCGCCUGCUGAUGCUGCCCCUAGUGGCUGGAGACCUGCACUCCCUGUUGCCCGACGAAGAUGGGAGGCGUCUGUACGUGGCCAUGAAAGAUAACCUACUGUCUACCAGUCUGGACGACAUAACACAGAACCCACGCAAGCUGUACUGGCCAGCCAGUCCGGACCGCGUCCAGGAAUGUCUCAUGGCUGGGAAGGAUCCAGAGUUGGAGUGUGCCAACUUCCUGCGAGUUCUGCAGCAUUUUAAUCAGACUCAUCUCUACAUAUGUGGCACCGGGGCCUUCAACCCUCGCUGUGCUUUCGUCGCUACCAGUGUCUUCCAGCGGUCAGAGCACCAGACUCUCUCCUACAGCCAGACAGAGUGUGGGAAGGGCAAAUGCCCCUACGAUCCAUUCCAGAAAACAGCCUCCGCUGUUGUUGAUGGAGAACUGUAUGCUGGGAUCACCUCAGACUUCAUGAGCAGGGACUCUGCCUUCUUCCGUAGUCUCGGCAGCCGCCAUGUUAUCCGCACUGAGCAGUACGACUCCACCUGGCUGCAGAAUGCCCAGUUUGUGCGGGUAGCGCCACUGUCUGAAACUGAUAACCAAGAAGAUGAUAAGGUCUACGUGUUCUUCACUGAGCGUGCUCAGGAGGCAGAAGGGGCUGCUGGGAAAGUGCUCUACUCCAGGGUGGCACGUGUGUGCAAGGACAUCUUUAUCCUCCAGGGGAAAGACAAGAAGAACCCUCUCAUCUACGGCCUGUUCACCACGUCGAGUGAUAUUCUGAACGGUUCGGCUGUGUGUGUUUACCGGAUGGAGGAUAUCGUUCGGGCUUUUAAGGGAAAUUUCUUACACAAGGAGGGGCCUCAGUAUAAGUGGGCAGAGUUUACAGGCAAGGUGCCCUACCCACGACCAGGAACUUGUCCGAGCAGCACAUAUGGAAGCUACAGUUCGACCAGAGAGUAUCCUGACGACGUCAUCUUCUUCAGCAGGACACACCCACUGCUGCAGCAGUGGUUGUUUGUGGGCUCCAGGGAGGGUGUGUCCCAGCUCGCCUUGUACCAGUGUGAGUUGUAUGGUCAGGCGUGUGCUGAGUGCUGCCUGGCCAGAGAUCCCUACUGCACCUGGGACGGACACGCGUGCAGCCCCUACAUGCCCACUGUGCGCAGGAGGAAUGCUCGUCAUUUAGGGGAGGAGGAGGAUCCGCUAACUCAGUGUGUCAGACAGGGAGCCGUGCUGCAGGUGGAGGCGGAACAGAGGGUGAUGAUGGUUGCUGAGGGUAACAGCACAUACCUGGAAUGUCUCCCUCGAUCCAGACAUGCUGCUGUUACCUGGUACAAACAGGCUGGAGAGAACAGUCCUGAACUAAACCAGGUGGUAACAGGUGACCAGCUGGUGGUUAUCGAGCGGGGUGUUCUGAUUCGUCGAGCCGAGCUGUCUCAUAGUGGCGUCUACCACUGCCAGGUGGAGGAGCAUGGCUACCACUGGACCGCUGUCACUGUUCGUCUCGCCGUCUGGAGCGCCUCGGCCAACCACCUCGUCGCUUCCUGGUCCACCUCAUCCUAUCAGAGCAGGGGACCCCAGCCCUGGUAUGAGGACGUGAUGGCGCUGAUUCACCCGGGAAAUCUCGGCCAGCACUGCAGGGCCCUGGGAUACCGCCCCCCGCGCAACCACCGUCGUCAUGGUGACAUGAUGGUGGAGCCAAACAAGGAGAAAGGAAGAGGAGACAGGCACAAGCACGGGGGAGAACGGGGAGGGGGAGGAAGAGCAGCAGGGAGGAAGAGCAGGAGCAAGCCUCAGCAGAGGGCGCCAAGAAGCGCUUGAAUAUGUUGCGGAGCAGUAGGGAGGAUUUUCAGUGAAGCGCACACAUUUAUGUUACAUAUACGUGAAUACACACACAUACAUAGACACAGACACACACACACACACACUUAAUACACUGAGACACACACAUACUGUAUGUACAGAGACUACGUCAUGAGCAUGCACUUACUUACUUACCAAUAAAAAAGGCAUCAUUACUUACUUUUCGUAAACUAAGCUACACAAAGAACUGAAGUAUGUACAGGAGGAUGUGAACAGCAAAGACUGUUUGACCUGGACAGAGACUUUGUUAAUACAAAAGAAAGUAGAUGCAUGCUGAAUGAAGGAUGAGCAGCAUGUCCAGAUCACUCAGUUUGACUGACUCUGUCUCGUGACAAGGACGUGUAAAAGGAAUGCUUUGAAUUUACAUCCUCUACAGAAAAACAUGAAAUAGGAGUCAUGUUCCAGAAGUUUAGCAAUUGAAAAAAAAUAAUCCAACCCAUAUGAAAUGAUUGCUGCCUUAAAGGACCAUAGUUUUCUGAAUGUUUUUGCCCAUUAAUUACAAAUCAUGUCACUUAUGCUCUAAAAGAGAACAGAUGUUUUUAGAUUGAUUUCCUACCUUCCAGGCAGACACUGGUUUCCAUUGAUUUUCAUGUGCAGAAACUUAAAAAAUGCAACAUGUUGCCUUUUUUGGGUUAAAAGUAAUUUAAUUGCAGUUGCAAGAAACAUUUUUCAAACCUUCUGUUUUGUUUAGCUGAAAUUUCAAGGAUACUCCAUCCGUCAAUGGAGAACUGAGGCCACAUCCAUACUACUUUGUUUAAAAAAGCAUCAGCUCUGCAACGUAUACGUCCACCCUACUCCAGAGUUGUAGAGCCAUUAAAACGGAGAAGUUUGUAAACGCUUCUGGCCCUAUUUUAUUUUGAAAAUGAACUAUCUUGUAGUCUGGAUGGGCAGAAACUGAGAUGUCUGGAAACAAUGACAUAGAUGCUUGCAACUGUUUGCUGACUGGGUCUUUUCAGUCACGACAUAUUUGCUAAAUUGUCAGGCUUCUAUCACAUGACCCCCUUCUGUAAGAAAAGAAAAUGGAAACCUCAUUGAUCUAAAUACAGUAAUUGAUAAUUAAAGGGCUAAAAUCUUCAGAAUUUAAUUAUUAGUUAUCAAUGUAAUGUAAACACAGAAGCAACUUUGAAAAAGUAAUGAUUUAGAUUGUGAAUAGCACUUAGUUUGAAUAUGUAACAGUUUAUCAUGAAGUCCCUUCAGCAAUUCACCUAAAACGAGAGCCUUUGGUUUGUUGAGGUAGGCGGAGUCUGACCACAAGAUUACUGACCGUGACCACAAAGAUGAAAGGGAUCGACGGCUUUGAUGAGGUUACAGAUCUACUUUCCCAGGUCGUUAGUGUUGUGUGUUGCUGCCGUACAAAUGCACCACAGGAGAUGUUUCCAUUAUGUUCUCCUCAGUGUUUGUUUCAGUCCAUAGCUGCACUUAUUUUAUGCCACGCAGCAAAAAGCUGUUCAGCACAGGUGUGGUGAGCCAAAUGAAGGUGGAUGUGGUGUGUUUUAUAAAGCCAGAAAAAAAUGCUCAGUCCUAUUUUGAGUUUUGGUUGGUUUCAGUGUACAGAUGCAAGAAACAUGUUAAGGUUUAUUCUCUGUGCAACAAAAGUAACGUCUGCACAUCAUGUCCAGUCUACAGACAAAUCAACACAUCUUUGUUUUUGCGUUUCUGAAACAAAAUGAUGUUGCCGCUCAUAUAUGAGGCACAGUCAGGCCUUUAUAGUAACUCAAUAAAAGUCAUAAUUAGACUGAGCCAGCUUGAUCCAAGAUUAAAGUACUGAACAUAUAAAAUAGAAUACAGGAAAAAAACACACAAAAAAGUAAAACUAAAAUACAGUGUACAAUGCAAAUUCAAAUACAAACUGGAUAUUGUGUGGCUCUGUUUCCAUUGGACAAAAAUCAUUUAAUGUUAUUCAGGUGGUGACAGUUAACACUACUGAAUCAUCAGAAAAGAUUUCCAGUCAUGUUGGAUACGACAUGGACGGUGAACUUGAACUAUGGCAAGACUGUACAGAACAUGCAUGUUUCUCGAACUACGGCUCGGGGCCCAAAAUGGACCGAGUGUGACUUUGAAGAGGUGGAGUGUUCCGUUGCAUGAGAACGUGAGAAAGUGCUUAACAUAAAGAGGAUCUGAGCGACUUCACUGACUUUUCAAAGCUGUAAAUUGUGAUUUGUUCUUAAUGUUAAAAUGUUAAACAUCCCAUCUUGUUCCAUGUCUAUUUAACAUUCUGCUUAUUUAUUUGUUUAUUCAUCUGGAGUGAAAAUCCUUGUUUCGCACAUUGUGAGGUCAGUUUUUUUGGGAAACGCUUUAAGCUCUCCUUCAGGUUUGAAGACUGGAUACUUAUUUAACAAAUGUGUUUGUUGGUCUUUGUAUACUCUAAUCUUUUUCUUUUCUUUUUGUUUUUACUAAAUUUCCAGAGAAUCUUGCCCAAGUGUAUUUACGUCUUGGAAUAUCUGAUAUAAACAGUCAGCUGAUAUGGUGAUAGUUCUGUUGUUCAUAGAUCAGACUGUAUAAGAGGUGAACAUAUCGAAUGCUUCUGACGUUUAUUGGUAUACAUGAGAGGAUGGAGUAGGACCAAGAGAAAGGCAGACAGCCUGAGUGAAUUAAAACUUGAAAAUUUACUCUGUAUGCUUACUGGAAGAAGAUGUGUUUAUAUGCUUGGUUAAGUCCAAUAAUUACAGCCUCUCGUAUUUUCGUAUAUUUAGUUUCAUCCCACAAUGAUGAUGCUGAGCACGCAAUUGUGUCUAUAUUAAAUCUAUAUGACCUCAGUUCCUUUGCUCAUCUGGCUUUACGCAUGUGUGUAUGUAGCCUUGUUUUACUAUGUUUGUGGGGUUUGGAAGUUAGAACCCCACUAUAUUUGGGGUCCAACAGCUUUGUGGGGACAUACUUGCUGGACUCUUCAUGCUUCAUGUUUGAGGAUUUACUUUUUAGUUUAGGUAGGACUAGAAUUAGGUUAAGAUUAAGAUUAAGGGUUCAGUUGCGAUGAUUAAGGUUAGGUUAAGGACAGAAUGUUGUUAGGGGAUGUGCAGUGUGUCUUUGUGUGUGAGUGUGUGUAUAUCUUAGUGUAUGUAUGAAAUUUGUGGGAUUGAAGUGAGAGGGUCUGAAGUCCAGCUGUUCAGAGGUUUGGAGCAAUGAAUCUGAGACACUUUUGAUGCAGAAAGCCAAAUAAACCAAAACGACUCAGAGCAGCGAGAGCCUGCAGAGCAUUAACAUGGGCUUGGCUUCUUGGCGUCUUGGCUUUGGCCACAUGAAAGAGCUAACCAGUGCUGAGCUGGUUCUGUAUGAGAGUGUUUAAAGAAAGAGAACGAAAGAGGGUUUAUGGGGAAGUAUGUGACUCUGAGGUGCUGUUGAAAGUGUGAAAGUGUCAGAUAUAGCCUUGUCUCAAAAAUAAAAGGGUGCAUGUGGGCGAACGUGAAGCGAGCAGCGUGAUCCAAAUGAAUUCAAGAUUUGUGUUCUCAUGCUGCUGUCAAGUAGAUAAUUUAGAGCAAAUACAAGUAAACAGGUGUUUCAUGGUGUUAACAGCAGAUACAGAGUGUUUGCACUUUAGACAGGCACCCUGCCUUUAGUAAAAACUGUCCCUGGGAUACACUGUUAAUGUUGACAGCUAAAUGAGCCUCCACUGAUAAACUGAGUUGUAAUUUUUUUUAAAUAUUUGUUGUUAUAUCUUGUUCCUACACUUUCUGUCCAUAUAUACCACAUAAAUAGCUAAGUUGUAGUGUUAAAUACAAGUCUUUACAGUUUACAGUUAAAGGGUGUCUUCAAACAUAAACGUCCAGACCAAGGUCUGAAUCAAGGUUCAUGUCUUUGUUUCAUUUGAUCCAGUUAGUUUUGGCUUCACAUUGUAAUUUAGGGAGCGGACUAAACCUCUUUGUAAAGACAUUUUCAAACAGACCCUGCGGAGGUUCUCCAGAAAAUUUGAUCAGGACUUUCUCCGCAGGUUUUCUUUCACACAUGCAUAAGACUGCCCAGACGUGUUCACAAGGGCAACAAAUUCUCCACAGGAGUAACGUCUGAUGUCACUGUAUUGUCUGUAUUGUCUGUAUUGACUGUAUUAUUACCUUCAUCACAAACUUCAAGUGCAGUGAUACUAGUUCAAAUGAACGUCCUCGUCAUUCAAACAUUGUAUUCUCAGAGGUGAAGACUAAGCAAUAGAGUGAGCCUUCAAAACUGUGAUUUAACUUCCUCUAUAAUUAAAUUCUGUGUCAACUUCCUGCAAUUGGAUCAAAACUUUGAACUGUCCAAAAAAUGUUUUAUCACUGCAAAAGAUCCAAACCAAAGUCGAGUUUGAUGCAGACCGACACCACCUCUCUAAAGUCUGACUAAAGUUUGGGGGAUGUGAUCUGGAUCCAAGGCACCUUUCACACCUAAUCAUUUGGUUCACACUAAACUGAAAAGUCUAAGGGUCUGGACUAAACUUACAAAUAGGUGUAAGCGCCCUCAGAUGAGUAGAUUGAGACACUCACACCACCAAUGAUAGCUGAUAGGUAUGAUGUUGAUUCGCCCUCAGGCAACAUUGUGUUGUGUAGGCUGUGCAAAGAUUUCGACAAUCGCUGCUUACCACAACACACACUCUCAGGCCAACAAGCCAAAUGUGAUGCAUUAGCUCUCAAACCUCCAUGCGGCCUGUGAGAAGACGCCAACGUUGAUUUAAUUUGGAGCACACUGCCUGUUCAGAUUUAGUUUGUCUGUCGCAUAAAAAUGAACCAGAUGUAACAACAAUCUCAAAAAUGAUCACGUUUGUUUAAAUUCCCGCUUGUGAAUAUUGUCUAUAUGAGAUUGUUUAAAGUGUGUAAAUAUUAUAUACUGUAUGUGUGUGUGUUUCGAUCCAAACACCACAUGUACAGGAGGCUGAACUGACAUGACAUUUUAACGGUGAACCAUUUAAUUUUAGUGUUUCACUUGAAGACGUGGUGCAGAGCUGCUCCUCAUUCAUUACAAUGGCCUCAUGUGUUUCCUUUUGUUGCUGUAUAUACAUCUCAGUGCCAAUAGUAGACUGUGACUUUCCACAAUGACUUCUCUGCAGACAGAAUGAAACUGUCAUCAAAUG